AUGGCUUCCAGCAUCUUUGCUCUCGUCGCACCACUGGGCACAUUUCUGUUCGCGAUUGCCAAUAUCACCUCGAUCACCAACCUCCUCGCGCCGCAGAUCGGCAACCUCGAACACAGCGUUAUGGCGUCCAAACCUGUCAUCCUCAUAACGGGUGCGAAUCAAGGACUAGGCUAUUAUGCAACGCAGCAGCUGGCGGCUACCGGAAAAUAUCACGUCCUUGUAGGAUCACGAGAUGUUCAGAAGGCCUUCGCGGCAAUUGAGUCUCUCGCCGCCGACAAAACGUACGAGGUCGACAAGAGGGAUCUUUCCGCGCUCCAGAUCAAUGUUUCGUCCGACAGCUCUAUCGACGCCGCUGCGAAGCAAGUCCAGGAACAAUUUGGCCAUUUGGACAUGCUCUUGAACAAUGCCGGAAUCGCCAUGAGUCCCUCGGAUGCUUCGAAAAUGUCGCUGAGGCAAUUUUAUCAGAGCCACUUCGAUACGAACGUGUUUGGUGCGGCCGCUGUGACGGAGGCCUUUCUACCAGUAAGUUCGAUGAGUAGAACAUGAGACAUGUCUCGAAACCGUGCUGAUCGCAUCAUUCGUUUGCAGCUACUUCGCAAAAGCUCGGGCAAGCGUCUUGCCUUCACCUCAACAGGCUUGAGCUCCCUUGCAAAAGCUGCGAAUGGCACACAGCCGGCCGACAAAUGGCCCGUUUAUCGCGCUUCGAAGACCGCUCUUAGCAUGGUGAUGCUUAAUUACGUCCGCAUCCUGGAGCCGGAGGGCUUUGUUGUAGCUGCCGCCGCUCCUGGACAUUGCGCCACCAAUCUCAACAACUUCUCUGGCAAGAAGGAUCCAAGGGACGGGGCCAAGAUGCUUGUGAAAGCGCUCCUUGGGAGCAAGGACGAAGUUCACGGCCAUGUGUUUAGCGAAAAGGGCAAGGAGCCCUGGUGA